AUAAAAUUGAUUAAAAAUACAUAUCGGCAAGCUUAGCUAGCUUUUAGGAAAGUUCAUUAAAUAACAAAACGCCAGCUUAUAUUUAUAAUAUGGCAAAAACUGUGCUAGUAACCGGUGGAACUGGGCUUGUAGGGAAAGCCAUCGAAACGGUCAUCAACGAUGAAAAUCCCGAAGAUGAAAAAUGGAUUUUUGCCGGUUCUAAGGAUGCGGAUCUCACCGAUCUUCAGUCAACGCGCGCAAUGUUCGAACGGCACCAACCGACGCACGUGAUUCACCUGGCAGCGAUGGUGGGCGGGUUGUUCCACAACAUGAGCAACAAUCUGGACUUUUUGCGCAAGAACAUCCAAAUCAACGACAACGUGCUGCUGCUGAGUCACGAGUUCAAGGUGCGGAAGGUUGUUUCCUGCCUGUCGACGUGCAUCUUUCCGGAUAAGACGACCUAUCCGAUCGAUGAAACGAUGAUUCACAAUGGACCGCCGCACGAUUCCAACUUUGGCUACAGCUAUGCCAAGCGGUUGAUUGAUAUUACCAAUCGAGCUUAUAGCGAAAAACAUGGAGACAUUUUCACUUCGGUCGUUCCCUGCAACGUAUACGGACCGCACGACAACUUUACUCCCGGAGUGAGUCAUGUAAUUCCUGGAAUGAUCCAUAGGUUGCAUGAAAUUAUUUACCUGAAAGAUCAAGAGAAACCACAAGAGGAGAAAGUCUUUCCAGUGUACGGUACCGGCAAACCUCUACGGCAGUUUGUGUAUUCCAUUGACUUGGCAAAGCUUUUCAUUUGGGUUCUGCGGAAUUACGAAAGCGUGGAUCCCAUCAUCCUAUCGGUAGACGAACAAGCCGAGGUGACGAUUGCUCAGCUAGCGGAGUCUUUAGUGAAAGCGUUCGACUUCAAAGGUAAGCUAGAGUUUGAUACCAGUAAAGCAGAUGGACAGUACAAAAAGACGGCAUCGAAUGCAAAGCUGCGUAAGUUGCUACCAGAUUUUAAGUUUACUGAGUUUGAUAGUGCCAUCCGGGAAACGGUUCAAUGGUACAUAAAAAACUAUGACCAAGCGAGAAAAUGAUUUGUGCGAAAGUUGUUA